AUGUCGACGACUUCUCUUCACCAGUUCGCUAGUUCCUUCUCUCAUUUUCCUUCAGGUGCUCCGUCGGCUGGCAUGACACAAUCCCAGACGGUCGGGCUGGACACGCUCGCCGAAGGUUCCCAGUACGCGCUGGAGCAGCUGCAGCUGUCGCGAGAGUCAGGUGGCGCCAGCGCUGGGAAUGGUGCUGCCCCCUUGAGGGGCUCGAUUUCCAAAUCCAAUGACCAGCCAUUCUAUGGAGACGGGGACAACAACAACAAUCCCGCCGACAAUACCAUCUCGGGAUUUAGGAGUCUGUCACACCGGGAUCCGCUUGCAGAUGCGCGCUCUGCAAUCCGGAAGAACUCGGCCUCGGCUCCCGUUCGAAGGAGGAUCAGUCGCGCGUGUGACCAAUGUAACCAGCUGCGAACCAAAUGCGACGGGCAGAACCCGUGCGCGCAUUGCAUUGAAUUUGGGUUGACUUGUGAAUAUGCUCGCGAACGGAAGAAACGUGGGAAGGCUUCUAAAAAGGACCUUGCUGCCGCUGCCGCCACCAUCGGUGGUGGUACAACAUCUCUGUCAAGCCACCAUGCCGGUCACGAUGGUGCUUCUUUGACCAAAGGCCACUCUCCUCCCGAUGGCCGAUCAACGCAAGAAGUCAACGGAAGAUAUGACCCGACUUUCGAUGCCGCCCGCAAUCUCGCAACUCCCACGCAGACACAGCUGCAGCAUGCCCCGGAUGUCCCAGCUAUGGUGGGGAUGCAAAAUCCCUCGCAAGCAUCGUCGCACUCCCAAGCACCCCUGGGUGCCUCCAUCGAUGCGCUGCAGCUGAACCACUUCAAUGCCUUGAAUGAGUCGAAUCGACCGCCGUUGUCCGUUCCUGAUCUACGCUCGCUGCAGAUACUGCACCAUUCUGGCGCCAACCCUCGCUCGCCAUCGUCUGUCAUGCCCUCACAAGGGUUGAAUUCUGGCUUCAACGACGGCGCUUACCCUCUAGUGAACCCUCAAGAUUCGAAUACCGCCUCGAUCAAUCAUUUCCGACUGGGUAGUUCUGCAGAGCACCCGUCGGCGCCAUUUCUAGGCCUGUCGCCUCCUGCGCAGUCACCGGGCUGGCUACCGCUUCCCUCACCAUCUCCCGCGAACUUCCAUUCCUUUAGUAUGCCGCCAUUUGGCAGCACUUUGCGAUAUCCAGUUUUGCAGCCGGUCUUGCCUCAUAUCGCGUCCAUCAUUCCUCAGUCUUUGGCCUGCGACCUCCUCGACGUCUACUUUACCAGCUUUUCACCCUCUCAUCUGUCCCCGCAAUCUCCGUAUGUGGUAGCAUAUAUAUUCCGAAAGCAAUCCUUCCUCCAUCCGACGAAACCAAGGGCUUGCAGCCCGGGUCUUUUGGCAAGCAUGCUCUGGGUUGCGGCCCAGACGAGCGACGCGGCUUUCUUAACCUCCCCACCGUCCGCUCGAGGAAGAGUGUGCCAAAAGCUCCUCGAACUUACCAUUGGGCUGCUUCGUCCCUUGAUCCAUGGCCCUGCUCCAGGGGAGACCUCGCCCAACUACGCUGCUAAUAUGGUAAUCAACGGCGUGGCUCUGGGAGGAUUCGGUGUCUCCAUGGACCAAUUGGGUGCGCAAAGCAGUGCAACGGGUGCUGUGGACGACGUUGCGACAUAUGUCCACCUGGCGACCGUGGUUUCUGCCAGUGAGUACAAGGCAGCUAGCAUGCGUUGGUGGACGGCAGCAUGGUCUCUCGCCCGGGAAUUGAAGUUGGGCCGUGAGCUGCCGCCAAACGCCGCUCAAACGCGACCGGAUGGGGAGCGCGAGGGCGAAACAGAGGGCGAUCCGUCGAAACGUAACAACCUCCCUCCUCUCAUCACUUCCGUCGGAAAUGGAUCAGGGAGCGCGGCUUUGAAUGUAACCGAGGAGGAACGGGAGGAACGCCGGCGGCUCUGGUGGCUGCUUUAUGCGACGGAUCGCCAUCUGGCGCUUUGCUAUAACCGCCCACUGACAUUGCUGGACAAAGAGUGCGAGGGACUUUUGCAGCCGAUGAACGAUGACCUAUGGCAGGCCAGCGACUUUGCUGCAGCUGCCUAUCGCCAGGUCGGCCCACCCAUAGAAUGCACCGGCCACAGCGUGUUCGGGUACUUCUUACCCUUGAUGACCAUCCUCGGGGAAAUCGUCGACUUGAAGCAAGCGAGAGAUCAUCCCCGCUUUGGCCUUGCAUUUCGAACGAGCCCCGAGUGGGACCACCAAGUGUUGGAGAUUACCCGCCAGCUGGAUACAUACGGACAAAGCCUGAAAGAGUUCGAGGCCCGCUACACCAGUAGCUUGACCCUUGGCGCCGGGGAAAACGAAACCGCCGUGGAAGGGUCCCAUCUGGACCAUGUGAGUCCCUCGGGCCGGUCGAGUAGCACGGUCGGAUCGCGCGUAAACGAAUCCAUCGUGCACACGAAGAUGGUGGUGGCAUACGGGACCCAUAUCAUGCAUGUCCUUCAUAUUCUUCUAGCUGGCAAGUGGGACCCUAUCAAUCUGCUGGAGGACCAUGAUCUCUGGAUCUCAUCCGAGUCGUUCAUCUCGGCGAUGAGCCACGCGGUUGGAGCUGCCGAGGCAGCGGCCGACAUUCUCGAGUACGACCCGGAUCUAAGUUUCAUGCCAUUCUUCUUUGGCAUCUACCUCCUACAAGGCAGCUUCUUACUGCUCCUCGCUGCGGACAAGCUGCAAGGGGAUGCGAGUCCCAGCGUUGUCCGCGCCUGUGAGACGAUUGUCCGCGCCCACGAGGCUUGCGUUGUGACAUUAAACACUGAAUAUCAGAGAACAUUCCGAAAAGUGAUGCGGUCAGCUCUCGCGCAGGUUCGCGGACGCAUGCCCGAGGACUUUGGCGAACAGCAACAGCGCAGGCGGGAGGUUUUGGCGCUCUACCGCUGGACCGGGGAUGGCAGCGGUCUCGCCUUGUGA